AUGAUCCUCUUUGAACCCAGUCGGGAUUCCGACUUCCCCUUUCCGCUUGGGAGCGCCGAUGAGGGUGGUCAAAUGUCCACGAUGCGAGGCAAGGCUUCGAAGGAGAAAAUGUGCACCUUUUCCUCCUGCGUGGGUUUCACUCGUGAUGCUCCGUCUAUGUACCCCAAAGAUACAGCAAGGACGAUUGCUCACGAGCUUGGCCACAGCUUGGGACUUCGGCACGACACUGAGGAGUGCGAAUGCCAGGGCUGUGUCAUGGCGACUGGUGUUGAUCCCCCUGCCUAG